AUGCUGUUGAGCUCAAAUGGUCUGGUGAUUCCGGUAGUUGUUUGGGGAAAGGAGCCGAUCAGUCACCGAAUCACAUCUGUUUGUGCAUUGCUUCACACACGGAUUGUCGUAACUGGUUCUGAAGAAGGCUUUAUAUGUGUAUGGAAGUUCGACGAAGAGUAUAAGCUGCAGCCGGUUCUCCUGUUGGCAGGCCACGAUGGAGCUGUACUCGCCCUGUGCAAAGCACACCAGAAAUCUGAGGGCGAUGAAUUUUUUUCGUCUGAUCAGAACGGGAAUCUUCUUCUAUGGAAUAGUUCUGACGGAAGAUGCGUCCAGAGCAGCACAUCUCGGUACGUGCACACCCAGUUGAGUGUCCAGGCAGUGGAUUUUGGCGAAAGUGUGUCCGAGUUCCUGUUUUGUGCCGGCAGGUACUCAGAAAUCGUAGCGAUCAGUCCGAAGAAUUUACAAGUUCUAGUAAGGUUCGCAUCCAGAGUUGAACCGGAUUGGAUAUCGGCUUUUUGCCUGUUCGGCACCAAGCAGAAAUCAGAUGUAAUCAUUGGCGUAACCGUUGCCGGUUUGGUCAAGAUAUGGUCUCUGCAGAACGUCGCCGAAAAUGUGAGUAUGACGUUGAUCAUAAAAUAA